UUUAGAGUUCACAGAUGAGCUUCUGUUGACGUUCUUGUGGUCUUUUCAAGCUAAUUUUAAUUAUAAGUGACCUCACAUUUAUCAGCACUCGAUUUCCAGUUAAUUAUCAGAAUGGGACGAACAUUUCUCGAGCAUAUGGGUGGAAGUCGUUUAUUUUCCUGCGCAAGAUGUGACACGAAUUUAACAAAUAGAUCGGAACUCAUAAGCACAAGGUUCACUGGUGCCACAGGUCGUGCUUUUUUAUUCAAUAAAGUCGUCAAUCUCACGUACAGCGAAGUACAGGACAGAGUUAUGCUAACAGGCAGACAUAUGGUAAGGGACGUUUCCUGCAAGGCUUGUGAAGCAAAACUAGGAUGGAUGUAUGAAUUUGCCACUGAAGAUAAUCAAAGAUACAAAGAAGGAAGAGUUAUUUUGGAAAGGGCCCUUGUCACAGAAAGUGAUGGAAUGGAGGAGAGAGUGUCUUACAAUAAUUGAUAGAUAAUUAAUUAUCUAAGUUUUUAGUUAAAUAAUAAUAUUAAUUCAAUUUAUACAAUGGCAAUAAUUUA